AUGCUCUUCAAUUUAACGAUUUUAUUUAAUAAUAUAUUAAUGAAUAAAAGGUUUGUGGUUGUUGCUAAUCAUGAUUUCAAACUUUCAAAAUAUCUAUUUUGUCAAUUUUAUGGAAAAAAAAAAACAUAUAGCACCCUGUCAAGCAUAAACUUGUUCAUUGGCUGUUUAUUAACGGGAUAUAAAAUACUAAUUCUGAUAAGGCAUUCUUUUAAUUUUUUUAUAAUUUUUAUUUUUAAAAAAAAACAGUACUUUUAUCUCAAUGCUGUUUUAUAUGAAAACGCUUUUGUUUUUCUUUUAUUAUUGGUCAAUUCAUACAAAUAUUUUAAUAUUGGAUGA